AUGGAGUGUAUCCCGCACGAAAAUGCAGCGCCUCAUAUUCAAUGGAUAUAUACUCUCUUCAGAUCUUGUGUGUACGGCUAUGCUGAUGCAAUGAGUAUCUUGUUUGGUUAUGCAUCCAUCUUUUGCUGGUUGAAUGCGCAAGUUCCCCAAAUGUUAGAAAACUACAAACUGAAAUCGGCAGAUGGCCUAAGUCUGUAUCUGUUGUACUUUUGGCUUGCUGGCGAUCUUGGAAACAUGUUCAGUUGCGUCUUGAAUCAUCAAUUGCCUUUUCAAACCUAUCUGGCCACCUAUUUCGUCUGCACAGAUCUUAUAUUGCUCUAUCAAUAUUUUCGUUACUCAAGCAACAAGGUCGAGUUGUGCACCGAUAAAUUCAGCACACCACAUGACCCAUCAGUUGAGCAUGCCGACGAGGAAUUUGUAUUUCCCGAGGAAUACGCAUGCUUGGAACUGACAAAAACGGCGGAAGAUGUUAAUUACGGAACCAUGAAUAGCAAUUCAAGCAGAAAAACUUUAUUUAUGGGUUUAUUGCUUUUCGGAUGCAGAUUUGGCUUUGGAUCGACAACAGCACUGUUAUCAACCACAGCUAAUUCAAGGGGUUCUACAGCUAUAACAACAGCAGCAGCAGCAGCAGCAGAAGAGGUGUUACUACAAACGCCCCUUACAUUGGGUUGGAUGCUGGCUUGGGUGUGUACCACAUUUUAUAUUGUGUCUCGUGUACCACAAAUCCACAAGAAUCACAAAAGACAUUCUACACAGGGCCUUUCACUAGCAUUGUUUAGCUUUGCUGUGGGUGGUAAUGUUACGUAUGCAUUGAGUAUUAUUUUACACCCAGGCCGGACAAGAGAGAGCUUUAUGGAAUCAUUGCCUUAUCUGUCAGGAAGUCUAGGCACCUUGUUUCUGGAUGCUGUAAUUUUCGGCCAAUUCCUUUCAUAUAGAAAGAACACCGCUGUCGACAAUACAAACGCUCAUAUGGCUGUAACAAGAACAUCAUCGCUAUCAAGGCCGCUUACCUUCAAUUCCCAAUAA